AAAAUACCCAAAAUAGUGUAAAACAACACGAAUAAAUACAGUAUACAUUUUGGUAUAAUUUACGAAAUUUUCAAUCAAUAUGACAUCGAUCAAUAAGAUAUGACAAAUGCCUAUUGGGAAACAGAUGGAUUUGGACUGAAUUACCUGUUUUUACAUUGCUUCAAUUUCAAAAUGGCCAAAGUAAUAAAGCCAGGCUUUUUAAUAAUACUUGCAUUUUUAUGGUGUGUGUUUAUCCUCUACAAAGAACAAGAUUCGAUUCUACAGAAACCAAUGAGAAAAACUACGAUACUCAACAUUACCACUGAAACAAUCAAGCCAAGUCACAAACCCGUUGAUAACGUCGUUACCAUUGAUACCUCACAUCUAGAGGAUCCAAUCAACAGUUAUCAACAGGAUAAAAAAACAACUGGACAUAAGCCAAAUGACAAGAACGAUGCUGCUGAGGAUGAAGAUCCUGAUACCUUAGAUAUCCCAAAGCCAUAUUUGAAAAAUGAUACUGAUGACUAUAUACCUGUUCCAGAGAUGAUAAGUAAUACACUAACUGAAGUAUCACCAUUCCCAACGUCAAUGGACCUGAUUAGUAUACUAUUUUGGACUAUGCAUCAUUCGACACCAGAUCGGGAAGGAACGGUGAUGUUUUCAAAUUGCCGCCACAAAAAUUGUAGACUUACAAAUGAUAAAACUGAACUAAAAUCUGCUGAAUAUCUUAUGUUUCAUGUAUCGGACAUAGAAAACACACUGAAAUAUGAAGUAAUGCCUCCAUUUCACCCACCUAAACAAAAGUGGAUUCUUUAUACCAGGGAACCACCAACGAGGCGUUAUUUCAAAAAUGUCCAAUUGCUGAAAAACGAUAUCAACAUCACGGCCUCCUACUGGUCGGGUUCUGAUAUAUUUCUGCCUUACGGUUGGACCAAGCGCUACGAAAACAUCACGCGGGAUGAUACCAACUAUCAUGGCGGCAAGACUAAGAUGAUAGCGUGGAUGGUUGGCCAUUGUAAAACCCCUAGCAACCGCGAAGGUUUUGUCGCUCAGUUGAACAAGUACCUACCAGUAGACAUUAUGGGUAAAUGUGGUCAGACAAGGUGUGAAGAUAAGGAGGGGGAAACUUGCCUUGAAUGGUUAGGGAAGACGUUCCUGUUUUACCUGGCGUUCGAGAACAGCGACUGCGAGGACUAUAUUACAGAAAAGGUUUGGAGAAAUGCUAUGAUGACAAACAUGAUACCUUUAGUUAGGGGUAAAACAACCAACUUCAAACGACUUUUGCCCCCUGGUUCCUUUAUCCAUGUUAACGAUUUCAAAGACAUUCCCCAAUUGAAAAACUUUAUUAUUAGUGUACACCAUUGCUGGCUUUGA